UCACCGAAGAAACAAAAACGAAACUCGCACUGAACACAACUUGACUGUCACCUGCGAGAUGUUCUUUUGUAAAAUCUUGUUUACAAUACAUUCAGCGUAUGUAUCAAGAGCACCGUCUUAUUAGUCAGAUGGUUCUGAGCUCGUAUGUGAUGUCGUAAUCUCGUGGCGUGAUCCAGGCGUGCCGUGUCAACAAUGUAAGGUGGUGAGAUUGUGGGGGUUGACUGUAACGUCACAUUCACGAUUCCGGCAUUUAUUUAGCGACGUCUAUCGUAAAGUGGACAGUGGGACGACUGAACAGUUUCAACAUGGCUGCCUUCUUUCGGCAGCUCCGGCUGCUUAUGUGGAAGAAUUACCUUCUACAACGUAAAAAGAUUGCCGUGACAGUCUUUGAAAUUCUUUUACCGCUGAUGUUUGGAGUGAUAUUUUUCAGCAUGAGAUUCUUGGUACCAGUCAGUCAGGCACAAGCAAACAUAUAUGGACUCAAACCCGUGACCCGGCUAUUUACAUCCUUUGGUGAAAGGCAGGUUCUGUUCACACCGAACAAUACACUUAUCACUGGACUGUUUGCAAGUGUUAACGAAACCUUCACACAUAAUCAAUAUUCAGACAUACCUACGUCAAUAGGAUUUACAUCGAGGAAGGAUAUGCUGGACUACUUCAAAUCCAAUGCUGAACAAGUCGCCUUUGCUGUCGAAUUUGAAAACGUUGCAAUGGCAGACACGGUCCUGCCCAAGAAGUUGCGCUGUGCAAUUCGUCCCAAAGGUGACAAAUAUGAUGGCUGGCACACCACUGAGACCACACCCUUCGUCGCUACAGCAGGACCAAGACAGUCUUCCGAUCCAGAUUAUGGCCAGUUUUUAGGUCUCCAACGCUUGCUAUAUGAAGCCAUCAUCAAACAUUUCUCUCCGAACUCAUCCGCUAUACUUCAAGACCUGAAGGUCCAAAUGCUUCCAAUGCCAUAUCCACCCUACAUCGUUGACACCAUGAAUAUGCUGCUACAGUACAUGUUCCCUGUUUCUCUAAUGUUGGGCUUCAUCCUUAUGGCCAUCCAGACAACAAAGGGAGUCGUUUAUGAGAAGGAGAGAAAACUGAAAGAAUCCAUGAAGCUGAUGGGUCUGAGCGCUGCAGCUCACUGGACAUCUUGGUUCCUGACCAGCUUAAUAUAUGUGGUAAUAUCAAUGGUGCUGUAUGCUUUGCUGUGUGGAGUUAACGCAAGUGGAAAUGGGGCAGCUCUGGCCAAAUCUGAUCCCUCCCUGUUCUUUGUGUUCCUCCUCUGUUACGGCGUCUCCAUCAUCUCCUACUGCUUCAUGAUCAGCGUCUUCACUCAAAGAGCAAACAUUGGAGCAGCUAUCAGCGGGAUCGUGUUCUUCCUGUCCUACUGUCCGUACUUCUACCUAGCUAUCAUAUACCAAAGCAUGUCGAGGCCAGCUAAGUUGGCUUCCUGUCUCCUCUUCAACGUGGGAAUGGCGUUUGGUGCAAAUGUCAUAUCACUCUAUGAAGGAGCUGGCUCAGGUGUGCAGUGGUCAAAUUUCCACGAGCCCGCUACUGUGGAUGACAACUUCUCCCUGCUGGACGCCAUGUUGAUGUUGCUAGGCGACACGGCAAUCCACCUUCUCAUUACCUGGUAUCUGGACAAUGUCUGGCCAGGGGAGUUCGGUGUACCGAAACCAUUCUACUUUCCCUUCACUGGCUCCUAUUGGUGUGGCACAAAGCAGAUUCAUGAUUAUUAUUCAAGUAAUCAGAACUUGGAUGAAAGACACUUUGAGAAGGAACCAAGUGCUAUGGAGACUGGAAUAUCUAUCCAAAAUCUCAAAAAGGUUUUCGGCUCCGGAUCAAAGAAGAAGGUAGCUGUGGAUGGGAUGAGUCUCAACAUGUUCGAGGGUCAGAUCUCUGUUCUCCUGGGUCACAACGGUGCUGGGAAAACUACAACCAUGUCUGUUCUCACAGGUUUCAUCCCUGCAUCUGGAGGCACCGCCAUUGUGAACGGUUAUGACAUCAACAACGACAUCCAGAGUGUUCGGCAGAGUCUAGGUCUUUGUCCUCAACACAACAUCUUGUUUGACAGCUUGACUGUCCAUGAACAUCUGGAGUUUUUCGCCUGCUUGAAAGGUUGCUCGAGUAAGAACGUUCAAUCUGCAGUUACCAGCAUGAUAAAUGAAGUUGGUUUGAGUCAGAAGACCUACACCGAGUCUCGGCAUCUAUCUGGAGGACAGAAGAGGAAGCUUUCUGUUGGCAUUGCUUUGAUUGGAGGAUCAAAGAUCGUUAUCCUGGAUGAGCCUACUUCCGGUAUGGAUCCUGCAGCCAGAAGACAGACAUGGGACAUCCUUCAGAGGAACAAGCAGGGCCGGACCAUGUUGCUGACCACUCACUUCAUGGACGAGGCUGACCUUCUGGGUGACCGAAUCGCCAUCAUGACAGAAGGGGUGGUUAAGUGCUGUGGGACGUCAUACUUCCUGAAGAAACUCUAUGGGGCUGGCUACCACCUGGUGAUGGUGAAGCAACCCACCUGUCAGGUGGCAUCAGUGACGGCAGUUGUCCAGCAGCACGUCCCUACAGCAGUGAUGGAGAGUGAGAUCAAUGCUGAACUCUCCUACCUGCUGCCUGAUGACCAGUCAGCCAACUUUGCUGCUCUCUUCACGGAGAUUGAAACACAGAGAGAGACUCUUGGCAUAUCUAGUUUUGGUGCAAGUGCAACUACGAUGGAGGAAGUGUUUCUCAAGGCGGGCGAGGAAGAACAAGACGAGGAAGAACAAGACGAGGAUGGAGAUAUGAAUGGAGAUUACCCUACAGGAUCAAGGAACAAUCUGGUAUCUAACGGACCAAAUGGCUGGAGCAAUGGAAGUUAUGAACUGACAGACAGGGGGGCAGCUAAUAUAUUAGCAUUCAAUCAGGGCUUCACAAAAACCAGCGGGAUACUGCUGGAGUUAUCCCGCUUCAGAGGAAUGUUUGUAAAGAAGGCUCUUCACACAUGGAGGAACAAGACCAUCACCAUUGUCCAGCUUCUGUUACCGGUUAUUUUCACCAUUGCUGCCCUGGCUAUCAGCAAGGUAGACCCUGGAGAAGUUGUCGAGGUUCCAUUAACUCUUGAUUUGGCACCAUUCAAAGGCACCUACGUUCCAUAUCUUCAUGGCCCAAACCAUGGCGGCCCUGAACCUCUGCCACAGGCAUUUGCACAAGCAUACCAUGAUCAGUUUAAAGGGACUCAAAACAAACCUGAGAUGAUAGAUUUGUCAAAAUAUAAUAUGACAAGCUAUUUUCUGUCGAGAGCAGAAGACCUUGGAAUUGGAGGAUACAAUAAGAAAAUGAUCAUUGGAGCUCAGUUCAAAUCUAGCAAAGAAGCAAUUGGCAUAUUUAAUAAACAACCUUUCCACAGCCAGCCCAUAGCUUUGUCAUUCAUGAUGGACGCAAUCCUCAAAUAUUUUACAUCUCCGGAUCAUUCUAUUACCACAAUCAACAACCCACUUCCCCUUGACAACAAAGGGACAUCGAAAAAUACCCUUUCGUCUGUAUCUGCACUCGGAUUUUCUGUGGCUUUUUGUCUUAUCUUCGGCAUGGCCUUCCUAACUUCAUCUUUCGUGUACUUCCUCAUCAAGGAGAGACAAGUGGGCGCCAAACAUCUUCAGACUGUCAGUGGAGUUGGGCCGUUUGUCUUCUGGUUGUCCAACCUGGCCUGGGACUACAUCAACUACCUGAUUCCAUCCUUCUUGCUGUUGAUUGUGUUUGCUGGGUUCCAGUCUCCAGCAUAUACCGAAGAUGGGAGAUUGGGCAUCGUGUUCCUCGUCCUGCUGGUGUAUGGUUUGGCAGUUCUCCCAUUCAUGUAUGCACUUCAAUAUAUGUUCAAGUCGCCUCCUACCGGGAUGGUUGUCGUCAUCAUCUUAAAUAUCAUCACAGGUUUGGCAACACUUAUGACGGAAUUCAUGCUGACUAUGAUGGGAAAGAAAGCGGAAGCUAAUAUCACAGACUGGGUGUUUCUACUGAUAUUCCCUCACUACAACUUUGGCAAAUCCUACAUGGAUAUGUACAGCAAUUAUUUGUACCUGGACAAAUGCACUCAGCAAAACUAUACAUCACUUUGUGCAUCAACAAAAGGAAAUCCAUGCUGCAAAAAUUCAUGCAAGCUCUACUGUUAUACAUUCACUGAAAACUUCCUGGCUUGGGAAUCUCCUGGAGUCGGACGCUAUAUUGUGUUCAUGCUGCUCCAGUCUGUGGUGUACAUGUCUGUGACACUGUUCAUUGAGUACCAGGUGCCACAGAGAAUCUGGUACGCCUUCAGACCACAGGAAACAGAAGAACCACUGCCUGGUGCACCACCAUUCAGCGCCAUGCAACAGGUUCCAGAGGAUGGGGAUGUUCUCAAUGAAAGGCAUCGUAUUGAUCAGCUUCUCAUUGGAGACGAGAACUCAGAUGCACUGGUCCUGAAGGAUCUUUACAAACGCUACGGGAACUUCGUCGCUGUUGAUAAUUUGAGUGUGGGUAUACCAGAGAAGGAGUGUUUUGGUCUCCUUGGACAAAACGGAGCAGGAAAAACAACAACGUUCAAAAUGAUUACUGGAGAUGUGAUGCUGACGCGUGGGAAUGUUUUCUUACAGUCCUUUGACAUCAAGAAUCAUACCCAGAAGGUGCAGGAGAACAUGGGCUACUGUCCCCAGUUUGAUGCCCUGAUUGACCAGAUGACCGGACGAGAGACUCUCACCAUGUACGCCAGACUCAAGGGAGUGCCGGAGAACUGCAUCAAAGGCGUGUGUGACAACCUGCUGGACAUCAUGAUGCUCAGACAAUAUUCAGACAAACCAACAUCCGAAUACAGUGGUGGCAACAAGCGUAAACUGAGCACCGCCAUCGCUCUGGUUGGAGACCCGGCCUUCAUCAUGCUGGAUGAGCCGUCCACGGGGAUGGACCCCAAGGCCAGGAGGCAGCUCUGGAACGUCCUGUCACAGGUCCGGGAGUGCGGCAGGACACUCGUGCUUACGUCUCACAGCAUGGAAGAAUGCGACGCUCUGUGUACAAGAAUUGCCAUCAUGGUAAAUGGAAGAUUUGUGUGUCUUGGAACACCACAACAUUUGAAGACCAAAUUCGGUCAGGGCUACACGCUGAUAGCCAGGAUGAAAACAGUUGAAACCGAACCCGAAGUAUCAGAGGAGACAGCUCCUGCUUCAACAGAAUCUCUGGUGAACUUCAUCAAAUCAACCUAUCCUGACACCAAGGUGUUCGACGACCAUCAGGGCUAUGUUCACUUCCAAGUUCCUUACAACUCUGUCAGUCUCGCGCAGAUCUUCACCGUGAUGGAACAGUCCAAGGUGCAGUUCUCUGUCGAGGACUAUUCAGUUCACCAAACAACCCUUGAACAAGUGUUCCUCUCAUUUACACGUGCGCAGAUUCCACCGAGGGAGGACACAACUAGCCUUUGCAAGAGAAUUUGUUGCUGCUGAUGGAUGUUGCAAUAAUUGUGCACUUUUGUGGAUAGCAUAAUGUAUUCACACACAAGAUUUCGUCCACGUUAUCACUCCAAACGAACUCUGAUGCAGAAAGGUAUUCCCCAGUAUAGCUAUUUUCAUAAUCAUCAUGGCAUAUAAUCUUUCCAUACAUGUACAGCCGCCUUUAACGUGUUAGGAUGUUUGGUUUGGGCGUUAAGGACCAGGGUGAGAAACAGAAUUAUAAUAUCUUUUGUUAACAUAUGCAUGACAAUAUAUAUUCUGAUACUUCUAUUUCUUAUUUAACGUGUUUCAAUGGAAGUGUAUUUGAGGAUAACUAUGUACUGAAAACAGGUUUUUAGACCUUUAUGUUGCAUGAAAAUAUUCUUCUCACAGCAUCAACACAUUCCAUUCCUAUCAGCUGUUCCUGGAACCCAUUACAGAUCCUAGUAACCCAUGACUAAAAUGGACAACUGUUCCAGAAGUUUAAGAAUAUGAUAUAUAGGUUAACCACAUGUUGGCCUUCCCAUCAGAUAAUGUUCCACCUUGUAACUUAUCCCAGUACCUGAAAAGAACUCGUUAAAGAUCCUGUCGUAAGAAGCGAAUAACGGGAUCGGGUGUUCAAACUCGCUGACUUGGUUGACACAUGUCAUCGUAUCAUAAUUACGUGGAUCGAUGCUCGUGCUGAUGAUCACUGGAUUGUGUGGUCCAGACUCACUUAUUUACAGACCGCCACCGUAUAGCUGCAACAUUGCUGGGUGCGACGUUAAACAAAAACCAACCUGUCUCCCCGUUUUGAAAACGCAUGAAUCAGUUCGGGAUGAUAAGGAUAAAUGAAUAGCUUGAGUUUAGAUAAUAGCUUGAGUCAGAUAAUAGCUUGAGUCACAUAAUAGCUUGAGUCAGAUGAUAGCUUGAGCCAGAUGAUAGCUUGAGUCUGAUAGCUUGAGUCAGAUGAUAGCUUGAGUCAGAUGAUAGCUUGAGUCAGAUAAUAGCUUGAGUCAGAUAAUAGCUUGAGUAAGAUGAUAGCUUGAGUCUGAUAGCUUGAGUCAGAUGAUAGCUUGAGUCUGAUAAGCUUGAGUCAGAUGAUGGGAGGGAAGCUGAGAAGAAGAUACCGCCUCCAUAAGAUCAAGAGUUCAUGCAGAACGUUACAUUUAAGCCAAAAAGUGAGUGAGUGAGUUUAGUUUUACGCCGCUCUCAGCAAUAUUCCAGCUAUACGGCGACGGUUAAGCCGAAAAGGAAAUAUCUAAAUAUAUAUGGAUAGCUCAUGGUUGUGGUACAUGGUGCUCCAUGUGUUCCGGAGAUCACGUGUUCAAUGUUACAAAAUGUGUAGACUAUCAAAUAUCUAUGUACAAUGAAUGAAAGAAUAUUGGAAUUAAAUAUAUUUUCACUUU